CACGGUGAAACAAUUUAUCUAGAGAUUAUGCUGUACAAAUGGGCGCAGGAGACGCAGAGAGUCGCAUCGUCAAAAACCGUGGCGUGCAAGGAAACGAGUAACGCCGUCGUUGGGGACUGAAUGCAGAAGUAGCAGCACAAGCAGCCAGAAACUGAGAAAGGAGAGCAACCUUAGAGUCCAGUGAGCGCAGCAUCUGACUACAGCCACCGAUCACUUGGUGCUUAAGAUUGAAACAGAAGAUCUUUUUUUCAUAAUGGACAUAUAUGAUCCUGAAUCUCCAACCGAGGAUGAUGGAUUAGAAGACCCACUGCCAAAACCUGAGGUCAAACCAGAAAAUGAGUUUGAGUUUGAUCUGGCUGAUGUUCCCUUGCCACCUGGUGCUGCACCUACACCUGUGCCAGUCCCUUUGUGGAAUGCAGAUAAUGCAGCUGGAAGAAGCAAAAAAAAGAAAAAGAAGAAAAAGAAGAAGAAAAACAAGGAUGGAAGCAUAAAACAAGGAUAUGAGGAGGAAGAAAUGUGUGAAGAUCCACUGUUUGGUUACCCUCCUCCACUUCCACCAGCACCACCCCCUCUGCCACCCCCACCUUGUAUGCCCCCACCUCCCCUUUGUGUACCUCCACCUCCUCCUUGUGUACCUAUGUUACCCCCUCUGACAGCAUUUACAUUUACCUCAGCAGCUUCACCACCUGUAGCUGGAUUUACUGGUUCUUCAUUAGUGGCAGGCUCAUCAGGACCUGUCUCCAGCCACGCAUCUCCAAUAUUGCCUGUUGUGGCUACAUCAUCAACAUAUUCCCUCAGCAUUUCUUCCCCAGGCACGCCACUAAUCAAUUCAAGUCAGGAAAAACAGCAUUCUGUGGAAGAGGCUGAAGAGACAAAAGAUGAGCCGGUGUCUUUGGCCAAGCAGCUUCUGAACAAGGCACUGGGGGGUGUUUGUGGGAGGGGAGACAGGUCUUCACCUUCCAGAGAUGAUGAGGCAACCAACAACUCUACAUCAUCCCCUCUAGCCGCAGGCAAGCUGAAGUUCUCUCUAAAACCAGCUGGCAGUGCCACUCUGCAGAAGGUGUCAUUCCAAAUAAAGACUAAGAAGGCUGCAAUAAAAACUGCAGAUGGGGAUCAUGAAGAGGAGAUUGUCAGCUCUGUUCCACCAUCAGUUACAGAGCCAGCGGUGAUGCCCGUGAGGUUCAAGAAAUCAAAGCCAGAGCUGUUUAGACCGGAUCUCAAAGUUGGUGAAGAGAUGGAUAUAGCAGACCUGUUAAUGCAAGAGCAAAUGAGAAUAGCUUCACAAAGCUUAGUGGCCAUGCAAGCUGCAGCAUUACUGGAAAAAAGUCGACAGGCAGCUGCUGAGAAAGAGCUAGCCCGUAAGAGGAGCCCAGAUGUAAACAUGAGAUCACCUGAAAGCAAAACUCGGAAAGGAGAGAAGAAAGACCGAAGAAGCACUAGGGAUGAUAAGAGAGAAGAAAGCAGAGCUUUCUGUGAGAGAGGUAGGAAGGAUGGAAGAGAGAAGGCUGUCAGUUAUGAUGAACCUAGAGAUAAGAAAGAGAGGCAGGAACGAUCAUUGGGAAGUGAAGAGGAGAAACAGAGGAGCAGUAAAGAUAAUGAAAAAGAUGAGAUAAUAUUGCAUUCAGACGAGGACAAGCUCCAAAGGCAGAAAGACAGUAUGUCCAGAGGGAAGGAACAGAACGAGGUCAUGGCAUCUAAGUUUGAUCUGCAAUCUGAGGAAGGCACACACUCACCAACCCAUGUGACUUCUGCUGAAAAGGAUAACAUAUUGGAUAUUUCAGCACUAUCAUUAGAAAUUAAGGAAAACAAAGUUGAUUGUGAAGAAAGGGUAAUAGAAACUUUGGGUAAAAGAUUGGAUUUAUCAUUGAAUACCUUUAGCGGUAACGAGGAGAGCCAUUUCACAGAUGAAAUGAUUUCAGUGCCUGCAGGUGAACAAAAAAGCCAUGACGUGGAAGUCUUUUCUCAAGAAAAGCUUUGUAUGAUCUCUCUAAAUAAAGAAGUGAAAGAAAAAUAUUUUCCCCCUACUGACCAGUUGGCAGAGAAAUUAGUUACUCCUCAGUAUUUACAAACAUCAAAAAUUUUAAUUAAAGCACCAUCUAGUAAAGAGCUGUGUGAAGUGAAAAUAGAUGGAGCCUGCAACCAAGAAAAAGAAGAGUUGUACACUGAUAAAGAAAAACAUAAUAAUGUUUCACUGGAUCAGCAGAUCAGAAACAAAGCUGAUUUUUACAGAAGUAGAACAGUGGGAAAAGAGCAUGAUAGUGAAAUGUUUACCACAGGAGAGAGCAACUCUAAUCAGUCAGAAGAGGAGAAAACUGGUGCAGAUGACAAAAGUCAUAUAGAAUCCCAGAGUUCUGUGGACAGCACAAAGAAAGAUUUUGGAAGAAGAAGUGAAAGCUAUAAAAGAGUUGGCAGUAAAGAAAGAGAGAGCGCCAAAACUAGAAACAGAAGCAGAAGUGGAAGCAGAGAGAAGACCCUAAGCAGACGACAGAGAAUGAGGCAGAGAAGUCGCAGUGACAGCAGGGACAAAGACAGGACUAAAAAGUUCGGUGGCCGCCGUGAGAGCCGAGAGAGAGAAGAGAGAAGACGACGAAAUCGAAGCAGGAGUGAUAGUAGAGAGAAGGAAAGGAGCAGCAGAAGAAGGAAAAGUAGAAGUAAUAGUCAUGACAAAGAUAAGAGUAAGAAGAAAGAAGAGCGAAGCUUUCAUCCCAGCAGGGACAGAGAGAGAGACAGAGCAAGGGAGAAACAUAAAAGUGAACAUAUAGACUUUAACAUAAAAGAGUCUAGAGAGUUACACAUUGAAACUAGAGAGAACAGAAGCAAAACUGGUUUUGCAGAGAUUCAUUCAGUUCUGAUGACGUUGGGAGAUAACAAGCAGGCUUUGAAGAAUGAGGAAGGAUACUUAGAAGAGAGUAAGGCUGCAUCAGCAGAUUCUGAAAAGAACAAAAGCAAAAACAGCUCAAGAGAAGAUGUUGAUGAAAGAAAGCAAAAAACAGAAAGCUCAAGCCCAGACAGAGAAGUAAAGAAGGCAUCAAAAGACCGAAAUAGUUGCAAAACUUCUCAUCAGAGCAUUGACAGCCAGUCUCCAAGUCAAUCAGAGAGAUUUUAUCGUAGAGAAUUGCAAUUGGACAGCACUGUCCAUAGUGACAAAAUAAGCAAGCAUCAGAGCCGAUCUCCUGAAGGGUUUCCUAGGCGAAACCGCAGACGAAGAUCGAGUAGUUCUGAUGGAAAUGAAAGACCUUCAGGCCGGUUUCGUAGUAGGAGCAGAAGUGUAUCACAUGAACGUCGUCUGGCAAGACAGCAUAGAGGAAGUGACAAUGAAGAAGAGUUUCUUAGGCGAAGAGCCUUGGAUUGGAGCAGAGAUCAGGCCCACCUCCGCUAUAAACGAAGGAAAAGAUCUGACAGUAGUGAGGAUGAAAAGGCUUCUGGCAGACUACAUAUAGAACCAGAAACACAAAAAUCAGUGAAAGUUUUAAGUAAGGACCAAGAGCCACCCACAAAGUCUCAGAGUUCUAUAAAACCAGACAAUGAGGCCAUCAUGGAAUUUGAUCUUGCAGAUAUUUUGCUUCCAGGUGAAAUUCCUGCCGAACAAACACAAGCAAAACAUGCUGAAGAGCAGAAAGAGGGAGAGCUUUUACUUGAUGACCAAGGAGAGAAGGACAUGGAUCUUGACGAGUCAUUUUCUGAUGGUAGUGAGCCUUAUUUUGACCUCCCUCGUGUAGAUCAUAUUAAGUCAGGAGAUGCAGAGAAAAUGUCUUUUCCUGUACAGAAAGUCACAGUGAAAGGUCAUCAUGAAGAUGGUGAUGACUUAAAGACACAAAAGCCUCCAGAAAAGAUCCAGUUCUCUUUAAAGACUUCUGGGAGGUGUUUGAAGUUGAAGCCAAGAAAACCAAUAGAAGAUCUUGAUGAUGAAGAUACGAGAGGAAAGGGUGCCAGGCUCUUUCUUCCUCAGGAAUUGGACAGAAUGGAGGAACGGCUGACUGUCGAAGUUCAUCAGGAGAAAACACACUUUGGACUGAAUUUCAACAUUGCUGAAGAAGAGUUGCUUAAAACAGAGAGUGAUUUGAAGUUUCCAGACUCCACAAACAUUAAUGAUGAUGCAGAUGAAUCAACUGACAUCUCUAAAAUUAAAAUGAUAGAUGAUAAUGGAACAUUUGUAGUUAAAAAGAACAAUGGAGUGGAUGAUGUGAGAGAACAUAUCUAUUCAGUUCUUUCUUCUGAAAGCAUGUGCCAAGACUCCUCUUCUUCUUCAGUAGUUGAAAAAGAUCUUGAAGGGCAUAAAACAGCAGAGGAAGAAGACAAAGAUGAUAUAUCACAAGAAUCCUUUGACUGCGAAGAUGUGAAGACAGGUAACAGUUCACCAGAAAAAACAAAAGUAAGAGGUCGCUUAUUCAAGUAUGAGCCAUUAUGGGAACUGGACAAGAAAGAAAGAAAACCACCUCUUCACCAUCCUGUAAUUGUUCCGGGAACAAGUGGCUCCCCUUUGAAUGACAUAACAAAGCCAACUUUACCUGUCAGUCUAGGCCUUGACUAUGGAAGUUCUAGUGAAGGGGAAGACAGUGAGAGUAGCCCAAAGAAAAUUUUACUUCCAAAAGGCACGAGACAAAAUAGGAAGGACAGGAGUGAAUGUGGUCCUGAAAAUACCAGUUGCCAUAGGAGUUGUGCACAGACCAUUGCACAGACAAACUCACCCAACAAUGGACUGCCGAAACUUGACACCCCCGAAAUCUCAUGUUUAGGUGGUGAUGAUGAAGCUGGUGCAGUUGGUUUCAUAACGAAUAUACAGAGACUGAGUGAAGAUGAUGUUGAGAGUAGCUUGAAGGGAACUGUCUUUAGAAACGAAUUUCAGUCAAAUCAGGAAACAACACGACCUCAAAAGAGUUCUGAAAGAAGUCCGGAAAUUGUAAGCACAGAAAUAAGUUUAGAGAUAAAUUUUCAGAAAAGAUCUUGCACAAGUCCUGGGAAGACAAUUUCUCAAAAGACCUUUGAUGUGAGCAUAGAAAAGCCAAGCACUCAGAGAAGUUUAAAAACAAUCGAAGAAAAACGUAUAUCUGAUGAGAGCCCAGAGAUAAGUUUAGAGAGGGCAGGGUCUCCAAAAAGCUGUCUGUCAAAUCGAGACAGAAAAAGUACAAGAGUAAGAAAAUCAAGAUUUUCAGAUAGGUCACCUCCUAGGAGCAUGGAGAAAACAGUAGAUUUUGUUUCAAAAGGUUUGCCUUCACAUUCCUUGCAAGAAAAUCAGAAGAGUGAUUUUGAAGUGAAGGAAAAUGUUGUUUCCUUGAGAUCAUUUAGAUCAUCUUUGUCCCAGGAAAACACAUUGCACUGUACAGGUGAUGAAAAAUUUACAGGAAUCAACAAAACAUCAAAGUUUGCAGAGGUUUUUGAUGGCCAGCAAAAGGUAAAGGUACAGGGCAUGGCUGAUGAAUGGAUAGAAGGCCAAAAUACUGCUAAACGCUUGACAGAUCCUUUGGUUAAAGGUGAACAGCUAGACAACCCUUCAAAGCUAAGUGGAUCUCAUAAUGUUGAUAGAGGAAGGAAAAUGACUGCCGAGGCAGAUGAUGUGGGUCAGAAAUUUUUUUUGGAAGAACAUGAGAAUCAUGCAAGUUUAAAAGCAGAAAAAGUCCGCACGUGUGCCUCCAUUGAACAUUCCUCUGAGAAUGCUGGAUCUCAGCAUUUUUCUUCUGUUACACAUUCAUUGCCAGUUGAAUUGGCAAGGAGUGAUUUUGCUAAGUGUCAAGGAUAUCCAGAGGAGAUUGUGCAGAAACUUUAUCUCGAGCCACUAGACAGAAAAUGCUUGUCACCAGUUAAAACAGCAGCCAGUAGCUUGUCAUCAAUCCCUAUUCCAAAGGAAAAGCCAAAAUACAUAAACCCGUGUGUUUUUCAGGAUCCAGAGAUUUCCACUGCCACAGAAGAACCAGUGAAAGAAUCUGGUGCCAGCAAGAAAGAAACAAAUGAGUCUUGUGAAAAGACCAAGGACAGAUCUUUGGCUUUUCCAUCAGUUUCAGAAAAUGCCUUGUCUACUGACCAGGAAGAAAGUGAUAAAGCCUUUAGAUCAGUGCAGCUUGCAGUCUUGAUUGCCCAGCGUAAUAUGGAAUCCUCGGAUUCACAAAGCACACUAAUUGGGGACAAAACUUUCGCAGAACGUGGUAAAAUGGAACAGCAAAGGUACUCCAGCAGCAGACAGGUUGUUUCUGGUGCUGCUGAAUUAACAUCUUUGUCACAUAGCUCAGAGGUUGUGUCCAGUGCAGCUGAAUCCACUACUGACAUUGGAGGACAUAAGCAGCAUGAAACAGUCAAAAAUAGGGAGGCACACUCCAAGACCUUUUCAAGGCAGCUUAUUCCAGAAGAGACAGUAACCUCUGUGAAGUCUUCAGUACAUAAGAACAGUGAGCCUGUUUUUGACAGCCGGGGCAGCAUAGUUAAAGCAGGAAAAAUUCAGAUCAUCAUUGGAAAAAAGGUUGCUUCAGUCAGUGGGCACUUGACAACUGAAAGCCAAAAACAUGACACUGAACCAGAGCCCGUUCAGGGAUUUCCAGUUCAGGUGAUAACCAGGAAGAGAGAAGAUGGACCUCCCAGUGAAUUAAUAUGGCCUGAGUGUAGGGCAGUGGCUGCCGUGGAGGAAACUGGAACUGAUAAAGAGAGAGAAAGCUCAUCAUUGGAUACAUCAUCCUCAGAGGAAGAAUCAGAGAAAGAAGAGCGAGAAGACCUACAUGGCUCAGGUGAUGAAAGAAUACGUAGCAGCUUUGAUUCUCACCGAAGAGAGAGCAGUAGCAAAUAUGGUUUUGGUGAUCGCCGGCAUCAUGAGUUUUCAAAUGAUGACAACCGAUCUCGUAGAAGAAGAGACAGUGGUGAUGAUAAAGAGAGAAGACGGGGAAGCGAUGAGAGAAAUCGCCGCCAAAGUGAUGAUGAUCGCAGAAGGAGAGACCGGGAUCGGGAGUGGGUUGAAGGCAGACAGCGUGAAAGGGAGGAUGAGGAUAGAAGGAAAAGAGACAGAGAACGAGAGAGGGAAAGAGAUCGUGAAAGACGAGAAAGAGAGCGAAUGAGGGAAGAAGAAAAGCGAAGAAGAAUCUCCCACCAUCAGAGCAGUACAGAACGAAGUUAUCAAAGAAGUUAUGAUAAGAACAGAAGGAGAAGUCAAAGUCCAGCCUGGCGAAGAGGCAGAAGCCGAGAACAUAGUCGGGAAAGGGCAAACAGCACAGAACGAAGUUAUCAAAGGAACCAUGAGAGAAGGAGAAGCAGAAGCCGUAGUCCUGAGUGGCGAAGAGCCAGAAGCCGAGAGCUUAGUCAAGAAAGGCCAUCAGAUCGUGGCCGUGAUAAGAGUCAGGAAAACCGAGAUAGAAGAGACAGGAGAGAUAGCAGGGAAAGAAAUAGACGUGAAAGUCGAGACAGGGGAAUCAGUGAUUCGGGUGGAGAAAGGUUACGUGGCUGGAGUCGCGACAGAAGCAGUGACUUUAGCCAGAGCCGAACAAGAGAUGACAGUUGUGAAAAAGUGUGUGAUGACAGUGUAGAAAAAUCUAAUGAUUAUGCCUUGCAAGAUCAUAGCAGGCAUAGAUCUCAUGAUUAUGUCAGAAGUAGAGUACGUGAAAGCAGCCUUGAUAAAACUGAUUACGAUUCUGAAAGAAUGCACAGUCAAGAAAGGAUGGCAGAUCGCAGCAGUAAUAGAGGUCGUGAUUACAACCAAGAUGUACCUUGGAAGCGUGGUGAGCGUAUUUUAGAUGACAUUGACCCAAGAACAUCAGAUUAUAAUAAUGAAAGAUUAGAAAGAAGCAGAGAUCAAAGCAGAAGUCGCAGCAGAGAGAGGGAGCCGAGAGUGAGUGACCAGAAGUGGGAGAUAGAAACAAAAAACUCGUUUUCCAUUGUGUCAACUGAAGUACAGGCUUACAGUCAGAGCAUUGGGGCUGUCCAGCCAGCAGUUCUUACAGCUCCUGCCCCCUUUUACCCUCCAGAACCUGUUUAUCCAGUCCCCCAGGAAGGAAACAUUGCAGGACUGCUCAUAAAACCCAAUCAGGGGUAUGAAGUUUACCCAAAGACAUACCCUGACCAGCAGCCUGCUGUUUGGACUGCUCCACCACCUACAACCAUAGACAUUUCAUCUUUGCAUGUAGUUCAGCAGCACUACCAGACUUUAGGCUACCCGGCUGAUCAGUCCCUUGCACUUGCCCAUCAGUAUGUAGCUGGCGAUCCUGCUGCUCAGAUUGCCUACACUCAGACUUACACCCACAGUUCCAGUGCCUACACCCUUGACCCAAACCAGUCCACCUAUCCCUAUGUGUCUGGGAACCCAGCCUAUGUUCCUACUUAUCCAACUGGUGUUCCACCUGUGGAAUAUGGACAUGAUCUGUCACCUGCUGGUAAUUAUGCUCAACUCCACCACCAUGCGUACAGCUCAGAGACAUUCUCCCAAGGGUAUCCAGAAGGAGCUGUGGUGCCUUCUACAGAGUUUUCAUAUGAAAGUGUGGCAGAAAUGGAGGCCCAUCUACAGGCAGAAAUGCAUCCAGAUCCAAGAGAAGCAGCUCUUUUUGGAGACCUGCCUAGUUUUAGAAGACCAAGGAAUUGCAAAAAACCAAAGGUACCACUUCUUCCAACACCAACACAUGUUCUUCCAAAGUUGCAGACAGACAAAAAAAAAGAGACAGCUGAUGACCAAAGCUACAAGGCAGACAGUGCCAUCAGUACGGUCGUUAGCACCGAACCAGACUUUGCGACAUCCUCGCUUGCUGAGCCAACAUUUGAAACCUCUCAUCUGGGAGAGGAUGUGCCUGUUAUAAUUGGCUCCCAGUCAUCCACUGUGAGAGAUGCAGGGGAUGAGAGAAUAGAAAAAGACAAUGAUGAAGUGGUCUCUUCCACAAACCCUUCAUCUAAUGAUUCUUACGACUCUGCCAACCAGUUUAGUGGCUCAGAAAGCAAACCAAUGAAGGUGAAAUCUCGUUGGCGUCGCAGCAGUGAAGCAGAAGCUGUGGUGGAGGCCACCUCGUCUUGCAUGCUCUUAGAAUCAGUUUCAAAGCAGCUGGUACAUGAACCUCGUGAGCUUGUGGUACAGGCUGCUGGGAAAGAGAUUGGAGGGGACCAAGAUUUUGAUUCUUUGCCCCCUCCACCGCCUCCUCAGAAACGCAUGAGAACAGACACAAUGGAACAGUUACAGGAUAAGACUGCCACUGAUGCCUACCCUGUCUUUGAGGUUAUUACUGAAAAUAUUCAUCUGACACAAAGAAAGAAAUCAAAAAGCAUGAAACGCAUGGUGUGUGACUGCACCACAUCAAAAAGUGACCGAGCCAUGGGUAUACCAGGAUGUGGAUCUGACUGCUUAAACAGAAUGCUUAUGAUAGAGUGUGGCUCGAGAUGUCCCUGCCUUGACUACUGCACCAACAAGAGAUUUCAAAAGAAACAAUACUCCAAGACUCAGGCCUUUAAUGCUGGUGUUGGCAAAGGUUGGGGUUUGCAGGCUCUUGAAGAUUUGACUGAAAAAGGAGCAUUUGUGAUGGAGUAUGUGGGAGAACUACUGGACUAUAAAGAAUUUGUGCGUCGUACAAGACAGUAUGCCAAACAAGGCUUAAAGCAUCAUUAUUUUAUGGCCCUAAAUGCAGAUGAGGUCAUAGAUGCUACCUUGAGAGGAAGUAUCUCUCGUUUCAUGAAUCACAGCUGUGAUCCUAAUUGUGAGACCCAGAAGUGGACUGUUAAUGGAGAACUGCGAGUGGGAUUCUUCACCAAGAAGCCAGUUAAAGCUGGAGAGGAGCUGACAUUUGACUAUCAGUUUGAGUUUUAUGGUGAACCUCAGAAGUGCUUCUGUGGGGCAGAGAAAUGUAGAGGCUUCAUUGGUGGCCAGAAGAUAUCUCCAGUCAAAAAGAGGAAAGACAAGACAGCUGAAAAACGCAAAAUGGAACUCUUUGAAGAUGAGAUGCUUGAUGAAGACAUCCAACACAUGUGCCAACUGAAGGAAGGCAUGAGGAACAAAAAGCAUGUGCUGGAGGUGUGCCGUCUGAUGGUGCGGGCAGAAAAGCAGGAACAUCGCCUUGCCAUUCUCCAGAUCAUCCAGGACACAACAGAGAUGAAUUGUUUGAGCUUGUUCCUUGGUUAUCAUGGACUACCCUUAUUGUGGAGCUGGAUGAUGGAUAUAGGAUCUAGUGAUUCAGAAGAAGAUAAACUUUUAAAAAGACAGGUCCUGCAAGUCUUAAGCAUGCUGCCCAUCAGCAACAAGACUAUUCUCAAAGAGAGUAAAAUUAUGCCCAUCGUGGAGAAGUGGGCCCAGCUUUCUCAACCUCCGCCACCUCCACCUCCAGAGCAAGAGGCAGAUUCUGUAUGUGAACCUCUCCCGCUACCAGUUCCCCCCAAUAAGCCAGUCAUUUCUAUCCUUGCCUGUAGUAAGGAAUAUAAAGAACCUAAAACUGGCAAGAAAAGAGUGACAUUUGCUGAUGAGGCCACAAGUUCAGACAGUGACUUAUCAGACACUCUUAAGAUAUCUUCAACCUCUACAAAUGGUGAUCAGUCUGUUGAUAGUUCUGUUUCUACCUCCAGCUUGCCAACCAUUAGUGAAUCCAGUGCUAAUGAGGAUGGUAAAAAUGAUGAGAAAACAGAGGUGGUGAGCUCACUUGAGGGAGACAGCUUGCCAAGCUCUGCUACCUCUUUAGAUCCAGAAGACCCCAAACUGAAAGAGGUUUACAGUGCAGAAAGUGCAAUGGUCACAACAGAAGCUGAUAAAGAGAAGGUUGAGGCUCCUGUUACAAGACGGAGAUCAGGUAGGAGGUCGCAGACACCUUUAGGUGAAGCUAAGGAGAGUGAAGGCAGAGUGUUGCGUAGUAGCAAAAGAAAGUCUCGUGAAUCUGAAGAGGGCAGUGAAGUAGUGGAUUCCACAAGCCAGCGGCAAGAGCUAGGCAAAACUGAAGCAAAGGCCGAAUCCGAAGGAGUACUGGAGAGUGCAGGAUCAUCUGCAGAAGCAGAUGCAAGUAGUACUAGCAAGGAGAGCACAAUUAAGGCAGGAGAGGAUUUACCACGUGUGCCUUCUGCUGAUCUGCAUCCUUCUCAGGAAAAUGGGGACAGCCUGGACAGCACUGCUCAUCCAGAUUCUGUGGCUGUCUCCACUGACAGUCAGAGUGUAGACUCAGACAUCAGCUCUAAUCAAGUGGAAGCACAAGAUAACCAAAGUGCUGAGACUGAAGGUGUAGUCAGCAGUAUGGGCACCAGUGGUACAUACGGUGUGGAUGAAAGUGGUGAUAGAUGUGAGGGGCUUGCUCCUAGUUUUGAGGACACUGAGAGCAGUGAAGAUGCAAUGUGUGGUUACAAGAAUAUCCAGUUUGGCCAAUCAAGUGAAAACGAGGGCAAGGCAGCUUCAGACAUUGACCCAGUAGAGUUUGAAUCAGUUGAUGAAAUCACAAUGUUGGCUGUGAACCUUCUUCACGGCUGGAAUGAAUUGAAGGAGUUGUAUAAAAUCCCAAAGAAGCAACGUGUGGAAGAAAGGAAAAGAACAGAGAGAGAACUUGAGUCCGUUGUUUUCAAAGAACCAGAAAAACGAGAAAUGGAUCCUUAUGCUAAGUGGAAGAGAAAAAAAGCAGUAAAACCAAGGAAAAAAGAUCUGGAAGAGGAAGAACUGAGAAAGCGCAAUCUGGUGUUGGUGGGACCCAGAAUGUCUAAAGAAGAGAGAAGGCAGCUGUUUGAAGCACAAGUAAAAGCAGAGGAUGAGAUGGCCGAGAUGCAGAGACAGCAGCAGGAGGCCAUUCAGCAGCAUCAACAAGAAGCUGCAUUUUUCCUCCAUCAGAACCCAGCCUUUGUGUCAGUUUUACAUGGACUUGCUGCUGGUGAUCCAAAUCUUGUCGGUGCCCAUGGACAGGUGCUGGAUCCGAGUUUGCUAUAUGGAGCAGGAGUUCUCACACCUGAACAGCAGCAAGCAGCAACAGCUUUUGCGGGACUGUUGAAUGCUCCAGGAAUGAGUGGGGAUGCAGUCACAGCUGCUCAGCAGCUUCUGGCACACCAUAAUCUUUACCCUCUGGAACAGUAUCAGGUUUCUGGGGUAUAUCCACAGCCUCCAGCACCAACAGUAUUUCCAGAUGCCUCUGUGCUGCAGCAGCAACAGCAGCAGCUGGCAUUACACCAGUUGGCAAUCCAGCAAAUGGUACAGAGACAGCAGCCCUUUCCUGCAGCUUCAGACACUCAGGCAGUGGAGGAGGAUGAUGUACCACCUCCCCCGUCACCACCCAAAAGCAAAGAGCUUGCUCUUCCACCAAACUGGAAAACAGCUCGAGACGGAGAGGGGCGUCUCUAUUAUUAUCACACUGUCACAAGGCAAACCCAAUGGGAUCCACCAUCAUGGGAAAGCAACUCACCUGAGGAUAUGGACUUUGAUCUUCCAGACCCAGAGUUAGAACUAGAUGAGAAGUCCAAGAAAAAGACUACUACAACUGCUGCAGCAGAUACGUCGAGUGAAGUUGCUAAAAAAAUCAAAGACCAGUUCCGAAGACAGAUGUCACAGUUUGUUGUGCUGUAUCUCAAUCCAUAUCGAAAACCUGACUGCAAAGUGGGUAGAAUUACAUCGACUGAAGAGUUCAAACACCUUGCCAGAAAGCUUACUCAUCAUGUGAUGGCCAAAGAACUAAAGCACUGUCGCCAUGUUGAAGAUCUUGAAGUCAAUGAAAAUGUAAAAGCCAAAGCUAAGGACUAUGUUCGCAAGUACAUGUCUCGAUUUGGCUCCUUGUACAAGAAAACCAUGUCUCCUCAGCCAGAUGAUAUGUUGUUGUGAUUACCUUCUUAGCUGGGGAAAGAUGUGCUUUUAUACUGUUGCUGGAUAUAGUGGUGUUAUUUCCUGGAGUUCAUGUAUUUUACUUCUUGAUUUCUCUUAACACAUCCCCUCACAUUUGUGCCAUGCUAGUUACCCAUCAGUGCAGCACUCGAACUCUCAGAUACAUAAAAUGUGGUUCAAAGGUCAUUCCAGGAAAGAUAACUGCACUUAGAUACUGUGAAAAGCCAGUGCCAGAUUUAUAGUAAUAUGUAUUUUUCAAGAUUUAUUAAUGAUAGAGCAUUGUUGUAAUUUGUAACCGAUUUCUUUUUAAUUAAGAGUUCUGGUGGUAGAUUUUAUUUCUUUUUGUUACAGUUUGCAGAGUUUUCUGUAGUUUUUUUUUUCUUCAUAACUCAGAAUUAAAGAAAACAGACAUGCUUUAACAGGCUUAAGUGAUAUAAAUGUCAGGUGGGAUGUGCAACUCUUUUCAAACUGGGUUUCUGAAAAAGAAUUGUUAGAGCACAGCUCUAAAGGAAAUAAGAAUGCCACGACAAUGUGACAUGCUGACACUUCAUUGCUUGAAGUUCAUUUGAGCCAGAUGGUACCCCUGACUUCUGGGGAGGUGAAAUAAGGGACAAAAUGAAACUGUUCGCAUAAUGAUGAUGUUCUGGUGCAUAAUAUGGAACUAGCAGAUUGAAUGGCAUGUAGCUUUAUCUGGAACAUUUGAACCAUUGCUCCUGAAAAAUAAGUGGAAAUGCACAGUUUGUUUUCUUACCCAGGAUGUAACCAUUCUUUCAGAAUACAGUUGCUGCUUUUCUUGGUUUUUAUUCUUGAUUUUGACUAAUGGUAGUUUGUGAUGGUAGUAUAAUUAUAAUUGUUUUAAUUUUUCAAGAUAUUUUAAUGACUCAGCUAAAUAUAGAAGAUCACAUUGAGGAUGCAGGAGACAUUUUUAAUAUUGUCGCAGUUAAUUUCAAUUAUUUUUAAAGUCUGGAUUCUUUUUAGCUGCUUUCUUCAUGAUAACGCAGUUGUCCUACACAAGCCACUUCAUGUUGAUACCAGUUUGCUGAAGCCAGUACAGAGUGGAAUUUUUAUUUUUUUUUUAACCAAGUUGAUUUAGCGGUACCAUAAAAAUAGUUUUCUGUAUAAUUUUUUUAUGCGUUUUAUUUUCAACAAAUAAAUCUGGUUCAUUAUGAGAGUGAAUGGCCCAUUACUUGAUAGUGUUGCAAAGAUGACAUAAAAUGUCUUUUUAUAUUUGAGGCUGCUCUGAGCCUAUUUUAAAAUGUUCAUUUGCAUUUUGGUUGCUUAAAUGUUAUAGUUUACUAAAAUAAAAUUAAGACAUUAAAAUCUAGGGCAUAAUAUAUAUCAUGAGAGAGAAUUUAAAGAUGUAAUUAUACAGAAAGAAAAGAUUAGAUUAUCUGGUUAAUAUUAUUGUAGAGUACCACUGCUGCUGUUGGUUGUUUGACAACAUUCACAAAGUAACUUUUUCAUUUGAAAUGGCAGCAUGUUUUAAUUCCUUCCCCCACCACCAUCAUUUUAGUAAUAUAACUUUUGCAGUGCUGCAGACAGUUGUUUGCUAAUCUUUUUUCACCUUGCUCAGAAUUGAUCAUAUUUGCCCUCAUGCUGUUUUUGAUGCCCUCUGUAAAAUAUUGAUUGUGUACAUGGUGUUAUAUUUUAUUUUGCAGUCUGUUGAAUAUCCUCCAGUUUCAUUGUUUCUUUUUGAAUUUGUGGUCAUGAAGCUGUGGGUAUCUUCUAUCCAUAUGUGAUGAAUCCCAUACGGCAGACUCUACUGCUCAUAAAAAAGAUUACAAAUUGUAUAUCAGCAGUGGUGUAAUUUCAAGUUCCCGUAAAAGCUAUGCAAUUCAAGGGAGGAAACUUCCAAACCCACAAAAAUCUAUUUCCCUUUGUUGUUUGCUUUUUCUCAGGGACAUGUUCGUAAAAGUCCUAUGUAGCUUUCACAUUGGUAGAAGUUUUCUGGCUUUAGUUUAUUAGUGGAUUUCCUAUUGUUUUGAUUUUAGGUAACUCCUUUUCUUUCAAAUCUGCUGGUUUGUUUUCCCCCUUUUCUGUGUGCUGUGGUUCUGUUUAGUUUUUCCAGUAUUUGUACUAGAACAUCUUAUUAGCUCAGCUCACUUACAUAAAAUCACAAGGUGAGUGGUAACAAAUUGAUGGUUUGGUGUUUAUUACAAUAUUGUCUGUUUAGUUGUUAAAUGUUUUUAAUUUACGUGUAAAAUUUUUUAGACCAAAGUGAAUGCUCUUACUUUUUAACGCAGUCUUGAAACAUACCUUGGCUUCAAAUCGACUGCUAACGGAAAUAAAAAUAAUGUGUUUUCUGUGGUUUCAUACAGCAAAAAUAGAUCCACCACCAUAAAGUUAUGAAUGAUACUGCAUUGAUUUAAAGACAGAAUCUGUUGUGAAUAUUUUAGAUGCUGGAAUAGCAUCUCAAUUGAUUACAUCAAACCCAGUGGUGUGAGCUGUCUCCGGGCAGCAGGUGAGGCUUAGUAUGUGUACUUGUGUGUAUACAUUUGUGCUUUUAAGCUUUUCUUUCUCACCCAUUUUUCAUCCAUUGCCAGUUCAUGCAAGCUUAUACUUCAACACAAAAAGUAUUCAUUUAUAUUGUUAGUGCAUGGCACAAAUUGAGUUUCAGGAUGGCAAUUUAUACCUGAUCUAAAUACAUGUUUUCCUGGAUUUUCCUUUUUGGAAAAGAUUACAGUGACCACAUGAGUAACAAUGCAUGCAUGUAGAUCAUGUUAGCUGAUAAAUAAUAACCAAGUAAAUAUUACGAUUGAAGACUGAACUACUUAUUUUGAGCAGUUGGUAAAUGACUGCCAAAUUACUAGUUACAAUCCCUGCUCUUGGCCUCUCUAGAAGAAGAUAAAAAAUGUGCUGCCUAAUGAUUUUUUUUUUGCCAGUGGUAAUUGCAUAUUAGUCCAUAUUUCCUGAACAGCGCAAUAUUUGUAUCACAGGAUUCUGGUAGAAUGAAAUUAACUCAGUUUUCUGAGAUUUUUUUUUUUGCAAAUUUUUACUGUUUAUUGUUGACCUUGUAAUUACUUUACACCAGUAAUUGUACAUUGAAACAAUUCACAGGUGCAAAAGCAUGGGGGUGAAGACAGAAAUUUGUUGUAAAUUCUUAUGUAACAGGCUAAUGCUGUUGAGUGUUGUUACUGUUGAUGUUGAUAUAAAGUUAAUGAAAUAUGUGCAGGAUUACACCCAUGAUGUGUAAUGUCUGUUUUGUGUUGAAAGAAGAAUGAUAAGAAUAUGUGUGGACAAAAGCAUUGCAACUUGCGGAUUGUCAUAUAAGGAAUUUUACUGGGUUUUUUUAAAACUAUUGUUAAAAGUUUUGGAUGAUGAAAAGUAUGAAAGAGUGGGUGGUUAUGCAGCAUGCAACUCUGUCAAAUAAAUGGUUUGAACUGAA